AUGAUAUCGUAUAAAUUCGGAUUACUAGUCUCAAUUUUCUUUUACUCUGCCCUCCAGUCAAUAAAAUAUGCACAAUCGUUCCAUUUCACGUUCAAUAAUGAGUUUUUUGACUUUCAAUCCGCUCCGGAGACAACCCAUGAAGAUAAAAGGUGCCCCUACGAGGUCCUAGGAGUGAGUAAAAAUUCUACACAUAAAGAAAUAAGGAAGGCAUUCCUUGGGUUGAGUAAAAAAUAUCACCCCGAUCUGAGCACAGACCCCGACGCUUCAGAUAAAUUCAAAGAAAUAAAUGAAGCAUAUGAAAUACUAAGUAACAAUGAUAAGAGAGAAGCAUAUGAUAAUCAUGGAUUCGCAGGACUCGAUAGAAUGGCAAGAAUGGGAGGAAUGCCAGAAGAAUACGAUAUGGAUGAUAUAUUUAAUAACUUUUUCUCAUCAGGAUUCCAAGGCACAAGAGAAAAGAAGGCUGAACCAUUGGUUUAUCCAUUGACAGUACCAUUAGAUUUUUUAUACACGGGAAAAGAAUUCGAACUAACAUUAGAACUGACUAAACUGUGCAAAAAUUAUGAUGAAUGCGAAACUAAGCGUUCAGAUUGCCAUGGACCAGGAUUAAAAGUAGUAACUCAACAGAGAGGCUAUGGAAUGUUCAUUCAACAUCAAAUGAGAGAUGAUACAUGUAUUGGUAGAGGAAAAGGCUGGCUCCCAAAUUGCAAAGAAUGCCCUAAUGGACCGGUAUAUACAGAAGAAGUCCAAGUAACGGUUAAUGUGGAACCAGGUCAUAAGAAUAAACAAAAUAUAGUAAUGGAAGGAAGAGGACAAGAAAAACCAGGACUGAAGAGGGGAGAUUUGGUGUUUGUAGUUACAGAAAAACCACAUGAUGUAUUCAGAAGAGAAGGAAAUGAUCUACACUGUAAACUUGACAUAUCGCUAAAGGAAUCACUUACCAAAUUCGAAAGAGAAAUCGAUAUUUUCGGCCAAACCUCAGUAACUGUGGCACAAAAUGGAGUUACACCUCAUAAUCAUGUAAUAAAAGUCCAAGGAAAAGGUAUGCCAGUCUAUGGUUCAGAUAAAUUUGGAAAUUUAUAUGUGACUAUCAAUGUCGUGUUUCCAAAAAAACUCACACCAGCACAAAUUAAGUUAAUUGAACAAGCACUUUAA